AUGCAGGAAAACAGAUCGCACCAGAACCACAUAAAAGCUCUGAAGAAAUGUUUGGCGAAAGGAACCAGCAGGAACCCUGACCUGAAAAGCAGUGAGCAACAAAAUAAUCAACAACAGAUGAUGCAGGUGUCGACCGAGAAAGAUCACAGGAGGGAAUCUACGGGGAACUUUGCAGAAUAUGACACUCAAACACCAGUCAACGAAGAACCAAGGGCAGCAGAUCCAAUUAAUGCAUCUCCAAUAUCUUACAAGAGUCCAGAACGGGAAGUGUUUGAGGAUACACAUUUGGUCACACUAAAUGAGAUGAAAUCAGAAAAAAUAGAUCAACUUGUGUCGAAAAUACUGGAAGCAGCUGAGACGGUUGAAAUGCCUGAGGCAGGAACAGAAAUGGCAGUACCAUCGAGGAAUGUGAAAGUAAAAAAGAGAAAGGCAGCUGUGAAGGACAAGGACGAUGACUUUGAGUAUGACACACGGGAGAUCCUGAAGACUUAUGAAAAGAAAAGAAAGACUGCUGCACAGGAACAGCCAAAGCAGAAAAAGAAAGCACAACCGAAGCCGCCAACAAAAAUUCAGAAAGGAAAAGAAGUGCAGCACCAAAUACAAAUAAAAGAGGUGAAUUGUGAGAAGUACACAUGGAAAACAUUAAAGCCUGAACUAGCAAGACACUACCAGCAAUUCUUUGAGAUGGUGGAUGACAAUACAUAUGUCUACUGGAGCAGUGAAAAUGGAAUACUAGGGGUAACCAGGAGAGACAUGAAGAUUAUCGUAGAAGAGAAAGAUCUGGAUGUUAAUGUGGUCAAGGCUUACACUGAAAUGUUGCAGAAGGAAAUGAAAGAAACGAACACUCAGAUUGGAUUACUAAACAUCGAAGCAGCGUUUUACGCAGUUCAACACGAAAAGAAACUAGCGGAUUUCAAAAAAGAAGGCAAGAACAUUCUCAAAGACGACUUCAAAGGCCAUGAUAUUGAAAUAGAGUUAUUCCUGAUCGAAGAACUGUGGAGUAAGUUCAGCUACCCCAAGGUGAUUAUCCCAAUACACCAUUACUACAGCCAGCACUACACACUGCUUGUCAUCGACAAUGAGAAAAAGCAGUUUGUUCACAUGAACUCUAUGCUGCCACCAAAGAAGGAAUGGACAAAAGAUAACCAAUAUUACAACAACGCAAACUGGGUGGUUAAGCACAUAAGGAGGUUCAUACACGACGUGAAGGUGACAGGGACAAUAUUUCCAGAUGACAGCCAGGAUCAAGAGAACACAAGAGAGAAGUGCAAAGGUGAGGACAGUAAAGGAGAACUUGUCACUGAGGUUGAAGAAAUGACACCAAGAGAGAAAGAGGUCAGAAGGUGGAUCUUGGAUAAUCAAAUCGGGGAAAAUGACUAUGAGCUUGUAGAAGACUUGAACUGCCCUCAGCAGAAAUCCUGUUCGGAUGACUGUGGGCCGUUUAUGAUCCAUUUCAUGGAAAGCAUAGUUCACGGAGUGCAACCCAGCAAGAAGAAAGGCAAUGACAUGAGGAAAACAAUUCUUGAGAGGUUUGCAAAGGAGGAAAGUGCUUGGAGCGUCGAAAAAUACCUUGCUGAAACUGCAGAUGCUGUAGGAGAGCCAAAAAAAUAGAAAAUGAAUAUUUUAAGUAGUUACUUUCUGUUGAACUUACUUUGAUUUGGAAUA